AUGAUAGAGCAAAUAGCCAAAAGCUCAUCAACUAAAUCAAAAAAGGAUCAUAUUUAUACAAAUUUAGAAACUUUAAAAUUGAAUGUACAAAAGUUAGACUCAAUGACAACAGCACCAUCAAAAGUCAAUAAUAAUAAUACCGCAAUAACUACUCCAAUUGACAUAAAUGCAGAGAAUGCGCUACAACAAACACUAGCCUCAACAUCUGAUUCAAUUCUAUCAAAAAAGUCUCAACAUAGCAGAGUAGCGUCCAAUGAUGAUCCACUAACAGACUUACCCAGUCCUGCCACUUCUUUAAUGGAUUUUCCAACUUCCCAUCAUUUAUCGUUACAUAAAAUAAGUCCCCCAAGUCUAACCAAUGAUCCAAAUACCUCUGCAAACACUACUAUCAAUAGUUUAAAAUCAACCGAAUUAAUUGGUCAUUACGCUAUACAAAAAACAAUUGGCGAAGGUAGCUUUUCUAAAGUUAAAUUGGCAAUUGAUUUAAGUAAUUGUCAAAAGGUUGCUAUAAAGAUCAUUGGGAUGAAAGGUAUUCAAGAUAGUGAAAGAGUAAAAUCUAGUGUUUUAAGAGAAGUUGAAAUGUUAAAGUUCAUUAAUCAUCCGAACAUUGUAAGAUUAUUUGAUGUAGUAGAUAUUUCAACUCACUUUUGUUUAAUAUUAGAAUAUAUUCCUGGUGGAGAAUUAUUUGAUUAUGUCAAUGAUUAUUAUGAAGAGACAACUGAACAAGAUUCAAAACAAAUUUUCUUACAAUUAAUUGACAUUUUAACUGAUUUCGGAUUAGCUAAAUUUGUUGAUCCAACAAAUCCUUUAUUAUCAACAAGAUGUGGAUCUGAAGAAUAUGCUGCGCCUGAACUUAUAUCUGGUAAAUCACCAUAUGAUGGUAAGAAAACAGAUAUAUGGUCAUUGGGCAUUAUAUUAUAUAGUUUAUUGGUUGGUUAUUUGCCAUUUAAUUUUGAUGGGCCAAGAAAACAAUUUUUACAUAAAAUUAUCAAAGCAGAAUUUGAUUUUCCUAAAACUUCCAUGGAAGGUGAACGUGGUAGAAGAGGUACAAUUAGUAAUGAGGCAAAAGAUUUAAUUAAAAAAAUAUUAGUGUCUGAUCCUGAUAAACGUUUUACUUUGGAAGAAAUUAGCAAUCAUGAAUGGUUAAAAUAA